AAGGAAUUGCAUUGCUGUUCGGCGCUUAUGUAAGCAGCGUGAAGCCAACGCGUUAAGGUUCAUGUAAGCAUUUAGAAAGACGGGCAGUUCAGUUUGUGCUGAAUCCUGUUUCAGUAAGUUCCAAUAUGGCUGAAACACCAGACAGUUAUAAUAUCAAAGUACAGGAGGACAGAGUGAUGUCAGUGGACGAAUGGGAGGAUCGCUGGAAGGAGGGAAUGACUGGAUUUCAUCAGCCACAAGUGCACAAGAUGUUGGAGAGCCACAUUGAUGCUGUUCUUAGUGGCAGGAAAGGGGUGCGUUUUUUCUUCCCUCUCUGUGGAAAAGCUGUUGAUAUGAAAUGGCUAGUAGAUAUGGGACACACUGUUGUGGGGGUGGAGAUAAGUGAGAUUGGAAUAAAGCAGUUCUUUGCUGAACAAAACUUAACUUACACAGAGGAGGUGGUCCCAGAUGUACCAGGAGCUAAGCUGUUUAAGAGUUCUGAUGGAAAGAUCUCCAUGUAUCAAUGCAAUCUGUUUGAUUUUUCCAGUUCGAUUGGAGGGAAGUUUGGUGGCAUCUGGGACAGGGGUUCCUUAGUCGCCAUUAAUCCCUGUGACAGACAGCGCUAUGCAACGUUAAUCAUCUCUUUGAUGGACAAAGAUUGCCGAUACCUUUUGGAUACACUGUUGUACACUCCUAGCUUGUAUGGAGGUCCACCAUUUGUUGUGCCAGAUGAGACGGUUAAAGAUUUAUUUGGUAAAGCCUGCCACAUUCAACUACUUGAGUCUGCUGAUGCUUUUACAGAGAAACACAAGUCCUGGGGAAUAGAUUAUUUAACUGAAAAAGUACAUCUACUCACUUUGAAGACAAACUGAACUCUCAAGUCACUCAUCAAAAGGAUUUUGUUUCCAUUUGAUUUGUUUUGUUGCCAUAUAUUACUAUUAACUCUCUUUUUGUCCAUUUCAUAUUUCUGGCAAAAACUUUAAAGGCAUAGUUUGUUCUACUCCUAUUCAGGUAGCUCUGUUGUUACAUUGGAAACCAACUUUUAAGUAGUUAAAGUGCUUGGGCAACCUAGCUCACUGUGAAAAGUAGAUAAUGCAAGUGUUUAACUAAAAUAUAAGAAUGGACCAUAUUUUAGCAAGAUUUCUAUAUAUAUUGUAUCAAAACAUUUUUUUCUCAUGUCAGAAAUAUACAAGUACAAUUGGAAAUAUAAAGAUAUUUUACCGUAAUGUUCUGUUUGAUACCAAGACCAUUUAGUUUUAGGUUACAGACUGUAAAAUAGAAGCAGACCACAUAUUAAUAUUAUUCUCUGUAACACAGAAGUGAUAAAAAAUGCUACAUGGUUUCACUUUUAAAAUAAAAAAGAUCAUUACUUUAAGUCCCUUAAUUAA